UUCGCAUCGAUGAUAAUUCCAGUUUAUAUCAGUGAAGCAUCACCAUCACAUAUAAGAGGUACGUUGAUAACCAUCUACCAGUUCAUGAUCGCAUUUGGAUUUGUUGUCGCAAAUGCUCUUGCUGCAUGGUUUGCGCAUUAUGAUCCCGAGAACAUCGGCUGGCGACUUAUGUUCGGAUUUGCAGCUAUUCCAUCAGCCAUUCAAGUAAAGAUUCUCACUUCAUUUAUUGUGCAUCAUGACAGUUCAGUGCUUGCUCUUGUUCUUGCUCCCAAACGAAUCCCGUCCUUUAUAGAACAGCAGUUUAUUGGAUAUGGAAUCAUGUGA